AUGAUUGCAGACUUCUACGAUCGUUCAGAUCUGCCACAAGGUCAUUCAAUCAAACGAACAAACUCCUACACUGAUACAUACAUCGAGAUAGACAAUGACAAUGAUAAUGGCAUAGACAUUGGCAACGACAAAGACAAUGACAAUAAUGAUGGCAAUGAUGAUGAUGAUGGCUCAGAAUCAAAGACACCAACAAGUUUAACAUCACGCACUUACAGUCACUCAUUCAAUCAAUCAUUGAGUGUUGGUUCAUUGCCUGCCACCUUGAAGACGCUUGAGUUUGGAAAGCAGUUCAACAGGAUCGUUGAAGCAGGCCACUUGCCCCAAUCGCUGGUAUCCCUAACCUUUGGUGACCAGUUCAAUCAGCCUCUUCUACACGACUCCCUGCCAGCAUCCAUGACCUCACUCAAGUUUGGCCGUGACUUUAAUCAGACUGUCGAAGGAGUGCUCCCGCGAUCCCUCAUCAUUCUGACAUUCGGACGCAACUUUAGCUUCCCUCUGCCACCCGACACACUUCCACCAACACUCAAACAACUGUUUAUUGGAGCCGACUACUUCCAUGAACUCACAGUCGGCUCACUACCCACCUCGUUGGCAAGCUUGACAUUCGAUCAAAACUACACCAUGACGAUCGUCCCUGGCGUCCUCCCCAACUCACUCACAAAGCUAAUCCUAGGCGACAGCAAUAUGACACUUGAACCUGGGCUGCUGCCUCAAUCGCUCACACACGCUGACUUGGGUGGCAUUGACGAAGGAAUCAAACCAGGUUCGCUCCCCUUGACCCUCAAGACACUUGUGAUCGGAUACUACUUUAACAAGCCGUUGGCAAAGGGCGUGUUCCCUCAAGGCCUGACCAGCCUCAAGAUUGGAGACAACUUCACAAAGCCACUCAUGGUCGGCGUGCUGCCAAGUACACUGACCUCGUUGGAGCUUGGACAGAACUUUGAUCGACCCCUUAGCAGGGGUGUGCUGCCCGCGUCGAUCACGCAUCUGACGCUCGGCCAAUACUUCUAUUCCGAAGUCGACUUCCCCAGCAGGCUGCAAUCACUGACCAUCUAUUCGCCAAACCAAAUACAUCUCGCCAAGUUCGCACCUUACAGCCUAGAAACAUUGACCAUCACAUAUUGCCAACUCAAGGGCAAGCGCAGUCUGCCCAAUCUCAGCUCCAUGGUCAAUCUCAAGAAUUUGGCGCUGGGCACCACCUAUUCAUUCCAGCAAGCACCCAAGGCAGCGAUCAUCGAUACAAUUCAAAGACAACUCGUUCAGAUACUUGUGAGCAUCGUGCCCGAUGUUGAGAACUAUCAAACUACGUUCACUAGUCCAAGAUACUCGUUCGUUCAUCGUGUGAUCAACUUCCGUCUUCUCAAUCCAACGACUGUCUUGUGUAUCCAGGAGAGACGUGCUACCUCAAGCGAUGCCUAUGUGUCACCAUUCCAUCUUUUAACAUUAACAGAUGUUCAAAUGGAUGAUUAA